CGCUCCCCCGCUGUCUCUUCUCUCUCUCUCUGUCUCUCUCUUACCCGGCGACUCGAUCAACGCACUUUCGCCAUUUCCGACGGUCCGCUUCUUCUCCGGACAAGAAAGAAGAACAAGAACCCUAAUCCAUAAAAAAAAAUCGCGAAAUCUAAUCGACCGUACGAUUUCCGGCGAUCUAGGGUUCGCUGGAACCGGGAAACGGGACUCCCUUAUCGUGGAUGGUCACUCGACUCGGCGGAACUCGUCGGAGAAACGAACGUAGCUUUGGUGUGAGCGGAACCUGGAUCUGAAUCAGCGCGUCUGGAGCUCCGGCUGCCCAUUUUGAAGGAGAUCUCGUGAGUUUUAAGAGAGUCCGGGAGCGGUUUAGCCUGGGCUGGCUUUCGGGAUGCAUCGAUGGGUGGCUUAGGGGGGGAGGAGGGAGGGAUCGAGGUGGCACUGUGAUGUUGAUAAGGGUUUGCUGCCGGGAAGACGGGAGAUCGGGCCGUCAUGACGCAUUUCACGAAGCUCGACGAUUCUCCGAUGUUCCGGAAGCAGAUUCAGCUGAUGGAAGAAGGUGCAGAGUCCUUGAGGGAAAGAAGUCUGAAAUUUUAUAAGGGAUGUCGCAAGUAUACUGAGGGGCUUGGUGAAGGAUACGAUGGGGACAUUGCUUUUGCAAGUGCUCUUGAGAUGUUUGGAGGAGGCCACAACGAUCCCAUCAGUGUUGCUUUUGGAGGUCCUGUUAUGACCAAAUUUACCAUUGCAUUGAGAGAGAUUGGCACCUAUAAAGAAGUCCUUCGUUCCCAGGUUGAGCAUAUGCUAAAUGAUAGGUUACUCCAAUUUGUCAACAUUGACCUGCAGGAUGUUAAGGAAGCACGUAAGCGCUUUGAUAAAGCCAGCCUUAUUUAUGAUCAGGCUCGAGAGAAGUUUUUGUCAUUGAGGAAGAGUACCAAGUUGGACAUUGUUGCUGUUUCUGAGGAGGAGCUUCACAAUGCAAGGGCUUCUUUUGAGCAAGCUCGCUUCAAUCUAGUAACUGCUCUAUCAAAUGUGGAAGCAAAGAAAAGGUUUGAGUUCUUGGAGGCUGUCAGUGGCACUAUGGACGCUCAUCUUCGUUAUUUUAAGCAAGGCUAUGAGUUGUUACAUCAAAUGGAACCUUACAUCCACCAGGUGUUGACUUAUGCACAACAAUCGAGGGAAAGAUCCAACUAUGAUCAGGCUGUGCUUGCAGAGAAAAUGCAAGAAUAUAAAAGGCAAAUAGAUCGUGAAAGUAGGUGGUGCUCCAAUGGGGCUCAUGGGUCUCCUAAUGGGGAUGGAAUACAGGCCAUUGGCAGAAGUUCACACAAGAUGAUAGAGGCUGUCAUGCAAUCGGCCGCAAAGGGAAAGGUUCAAACUAUCCGACAAGGUUAUCUUUCAAAACGUUCCUCAAAUCUGAGGGGUGACUGGAAGAGGAGGUUCUUUGUUCUUGACAGCCGAGGAAUGCUGUAUUAUUAUCGUAAGCAGUAUUCCAGGACAUCUGCGAGUGGAAGCCAACAUUCAAGCCAGAGGGGUCAUGGUUCCUCAGAGCAUGGGUCUGGAUUGUUGAGCAGAUGGCUUUCUUCACAUUACCAUGGUGGGGUUCAUGAUGAGAAAUCCGCUGCACGUCACACUGUUAAUCUUCUCACUUCCACAAUUAAGGUUGAUGCAGAACAGUCAGAUCUUCGCUUUUGCUUUAGGAUAAUUUCACCAACGAAGAACUACACACUGCAGGCGGAAAGUGCACUUGAUCAAAUGGAUUGGAUUGAAAAAAUAACUGGAGUAAUUGCAUCCUUGCUGAGUUUUCAAUCACCUGAGCUGAGGCUUCCUUCUAGUCCAAUGAGCAGUGGUCAUCAACGUACUGCCAGUGAAAGUAGUUCACUUGGAAGCUCUUCAGACAUAGAUCAUGCAAUAACUGAGGAGUACACUUCAGAAAGAAACUUGAUAACAGGAAAUCAUGAACGUUCUGGUAGAAGCAUGCAACAACACCGGUCGAGCGUAAAACAUGAAAAGCCAAUUGAGGUGCUAAGAAGAGUUGAUGGUAAUGACAAAUGUGCAGAUUGUGGUGCUUCAGAGCCUGAUUGGGCAUCUUUAAAUCUUGGGAUUCUCCUUUGUAUUGAAUGCUCUGGUGUUCAUCGUAAUCUUGGUGUACAUAUAUCAAAGGUGAGGUCUUUGACACUUGAUGUGAAGGUGUGGGAACCUUCUGUAAUUAACUUAUUCCAGUCACUUGGCAAUGCAUUUGCAAACUCAGUGUGGGAGGUCCAGUUGGAGUGCAUAAAUAGGUCUAACACUGAUGGCACCCAUGUUAGUUCCAGUAGAUCUGAGAAAAAGCACCAUCUUAUGAGCAAGCCCAAUCCUGGCGAUUCAAUUUCAAUAAAGGAGAAAUUUAUUCAUGCAAAGUAUGCAGAAAAAGCUUUUGUUCAAAAUCAGAGUAGUCAGAAUCUUCUUUCUGUGGCUCAGCAAAUGUGGGACAGUGUUCAUGCUAAUGAAAAACAAGCUGUAUAUCGUUUCAUUGUAGAGUCAGAUGCCAAUGUAAAUGCUGUACGUGGGCAGGCAUCAAUUUGCCCAUCUCUGACUCUAGCAAGAGUUAUGCUUUUGCAUGAGCAACAAACAUUAUCUGCUGACCAUGAUGCUGGCUGCGGGGAGGUGGACUCAACCCAGAAGACAUCAAUACGAUCAUUAUCCCCUGUAAGGCCAAAACUACGAGGGACUUCAUCGUGUCAGUCUGAUUGGGCAUCUGCAGUAAGCAAUUUGAGUUCCAUGAGCACAAAUGAAGACAAUGUUGAGGUAGAUGAGGGGGUUGAUGGUUGUUCUCUCCUCCAUUUGGCAUGCCAGACUGCAGACAUUGGCAUGAUAGAGCUUCUUCUUCAGUAUGGUGCUAAUAUAAAUGCUACUGACUCUAAAGGCCAGACACCUCUCCACCAUUGCGUUCUUAGAGGCAAUAAUAUAGUUGCAAAGUUGUUGAUUUCUAGGGGAGCAAAUACAUUGGCUGUUGAUGUAAAUGGGAAGACUGCUCUUCAAGUUGGUGUGGAUACGGGGACCAUUAAUGACGAAGAACUUUUCAAUGCUUUAUCAGAGGCAAACAGAUAAAACUUGGUGGAGUUGAGGAAAUGGGGUGAUCUGGUGGAUUCACGGGCUCUAUUGAAGAAUGUUCAAGCAUGUAAUGGUGGUUACUGCGUCAAUACAUGCCCUGGCCAGAUAGGCAUUUUGCUCUCUUGUAAGAGCAGUUGCUCGAGGUUAUUGAUCAAGAGAGGCAGAUAAGGAAGAUGGUUUUGCAUGUUUCUUCCACUAUACAUAUCGGAUCUUAGUUAGGAUUAUGCCUCCCCCAUGUCUUGCAGCCUCUCAUGAUUCAGGGUGGUGAUAUGAAGUACGUGACCAUGCACCAUGGGUUCAGUUUGCGUUCGACUGUAUUCAGGCAUGCAUCGCUGCACUUGCCGGUGCUCUUUCCUGAUGUUUGGUUUGGCAAAUGUUUUUAGUGCGGUGGCCUUGGCAAUAUUCUGCAUAUUGAUUGGAAACUGAAUCGCUGUCGAAAUCAUCCUCGACAGGGGAGUAGUUUUGUUGGUAUCCCCUCUUUAAUGUGUAAAUUAACAGUCUCUGUUUGUUACAUCCUCAUCGGUGAUAAAGAAUUUAGCAUUUGUGA